AUGAGAACAGAUCCCCAGCAGCUCCAUCGAAGCUCCACCUCGUCGACUUCAGUCACGUCCAGCUCGAGCUCGCUCUAUGCUGAUCAGCUCCUUCGCUCUGCUUCCCCGGUAUCCACCAGCGCUGAUCGCAACAAAGCCUCUGGUGCCUGCUCAAGCUGCCGCCGAUCCAAGGUCAAAUGUGACCACGAUGGAUCUGCCCCUUGCAAGCGAUGCCGCAAUGGUGGCUACGAAUGCGUCUUCAAAUCCAAAGAGCUGGGGAGUACUCUUCAGCAGGACGAAUGGCGUGCAAGGACCGACGAGACGCUCACCAAACUUGUUUCCGCCAUGAGCGCACUCGUUGAACAGGAGGAGCACAGCUCGAAACGGAGACGAAUCAUGGGGCAGGAUUGGUCCGAAGAGAGCACAGCGCUACGUACACCGUCUGCAUCGACGAGUAUGAUUCCAAGCCGCCAAACGUUCUACACGGGAGCGGGAAGUCAUAUUCUCUCACAGUCUACGCGAGCUACUGGUGAAAGUAUUGCCAGAAUUCAAAGCCAUGCAGUACUCGCCUCUGGUGAUAGGACUUGGGGUAACGCCAUCAAUCGCUCAAGCUCGAACGUCGGAGGAAGCUCAAGAAUCUCGUCUAUCAUCCCUACUUUCAGUUAUGUUACAGAUCUUCUCCAUCAGAACAGCGGACUCUCCAAUAGUUCUUCCUCGGAAAGGACCUCAAAUGGUAGCUCCAACCAGCCGAUGGUAUUGCCAUCAAAGACUAACGGCUCACUCCCACUCCCGAUCCUGAAUGCCCAGAGAAGCGGCGUGUACAGUCAAGCUCUGCACCCCACACUUGUAGCUCGCGCGAGUCGAUAUCGAUACCCUGAUCCGAGUCUGGGAAGCAACGACCCACGCCUGGAUGCUAUUCGGCUCGGCCUACUAUCCUCACACGAAGCACGCUUUCUGUUCAGCCUGUACGCAAAGACCAUCGAACCAUUCGGGUUCGGCUUCCCUGACUUUCCAGCCUCAUCCGAGCUAACACCGGUCUUGCUCUCGGCCGUCACCUCGGUAGCCUCUCCAUUCUCGCCUUCUCUUGAUCUCCGAUCCCGUCAGUGGCGGCUUCGCAACGAUGUCCUCGGUCGCACGUUGCCGUACGCUCCAUCGACAGCCGAAGACGAGUUCAACCCCGAGAGCGGCAUCGGUACAGAGGAAGUCGUCGGGGCAUGUAUAUGGUCGAGUUACCAAGGCUCUAUCGAAGCAUGGAAAGUCGCAAGAGCGGCUCGUUGGUGGAGCGAAAAGUACAGUUACGAGACUGGACCUCAUGCUGGUCUUACAGUGGGUGAAAUGGUCGCCAUUCUGCCACCGGUGCGACACGUAUCGAUGCAGGACAGGGUACGCGUUUGGUUGAGCGCUUUCCUGGCCGAACUGCACCAGUGCGAGAUUCACAGCAAAGAACCGAUCAUGCAGCUCAUUGAUCCGGCGCAGUAUGGUCAAUCUUUGAUGUCUGCAAGCAGCGGUGUGUUUCCGACAAAGCAGGAUGCAGCGCUGGUAUUCCAUUCUCGCGUUGCAUAUCUCGUCUCAAAAUCCAACAAGUAUGGCGACUCGGAAGGUUUGCUCCAGGCCUCUCGCGAACUGACUGCAAGCUGGUGCACUACUCGAGAGCUUCUUGCCACAGACUCGGACAAGAAGGACACGUACGAUCACGCGAUUGACCUGGAUUACUCUCUGGCCAAAGCAAGUGUGCUGAUCCGCGCUUGUCGAAUCCACCAAGAACAGACGGCUGAGAACACAAGCGGCGAACGAGUAAGCUCGAAAGCAGCCGAAUUCAUCUCCGUCUCUCAAGCGUGCCAGAACGCAUGCAUGGACAGCAUGCGCUUACUCGUCUCGCCCAACGCACACUUUGUUGGCAAUCUGGCAGCUCUUCCUUCGAUCUAUCACUUUUGGAUCGCGCGAUGCGCUGUGUUUCUGCUCGAGCUGUGCAUUGUGGACCGUCUACAUUAUCGACUAGGUCUGUUGGUUGAAGGCCAAAUCGAUGACAUCUUGGGAACAGUAGGCGGCUUCAUGCAGCAGUAUCUUGUAGAGCUUUCGGCUUGCAGCACGACAAUUAGUAUCGAAGAGCAAAAGGAAGCGGGAAGAGACUACGAUAUCAUCAAGCAUCCGGCAAUGGAUGCAGCUUUGGCGGUAGCCAGCCAUGUUGCAGGCGUACAAGCUACUGCUUGA